AUGUCAGCUUCUGAACUCACCAAUGCUGCCCUUGAUGCUGCGAUGGAAGACAUCCAGCACUUAAUGGUAAGAUCCAUGAAGUUGCAAGUAGGUCAUCCGAACGCUAUGGUGUUCACACAUGAGAUCACAAAAAGUACUGAGCAUGGGGAGGUCUCCACUUUGUUCUCCCCCAUGCUGCUGUCUUGUGCAGCCAAGAUUCGUGACCACAGCAACCCUGUGACACGAAAAAUCGUUACUCUACCCGACUGGUCUGCAGUCAACAUGGACGACCCGCAUAUCGCUGGUCACGUGCGAUUCCACAAGACAAUUGGAUAUCCACGCCUGGAUCACAUUACUCUGGCACCAACUAUUCCUGCCCCUCAGCUGCCAGUGAUUGCUGACAAACCAUCUACCAUUGUUGAAUCACUGGAGGUAUUGGAUUCGGAAGAACUUCCUGCGCCAAAGUUCAACUUAUUUGUUGCCAGCACCAAACGCAAGGCUGACAGAACCGACUCUGAUAUUCGGGAAGAAACUCGGGUGACCGAGCCAAAGCACAAGGUCUUGAAGACAAAUCCAGCACUGCAGCAGAAGACUGCAACAUCCUCUAAGAGAAGGAAGAUAGUGAGAUUGAAGAGGUUUGUCAGCAAUGAUGAGGAUGAAAGUGCUGAUGGUGCAGUGAUCAUCAUCAAGAAAGUAAGUUGUCCCAUUAUUCUUCAGCCAGGAAUGGGUGCACCGGCUGAACAUGUAGUGCCAGUGCAACCUGCCAGCAAGGGCAGCUUGUUGAGCAACUUGACCGAUGUCGAAGAGCUCAAGGAACCUCAGCUGAGUUGUGCAGACUCUCCCAUUGUAAGGCCUGAUGAUUGGUCGGAUGACAAUGCUGUCGCCACCACCGAAUGGCCAUCCCAGCGACUUCAUCCGACAACUUGUGUCCAAUGCAUAGAAGAAGAUUGGCCAUGUGUUGUCUGGCUGGGUCGGAAGAUCGGAGAGGUUUGCAAGAGCUGUCCUGCCUGCGAGGACAAGAAGGUCAAGUGCAUCAGGCUGAUUCCUGAGGCUGAAGAUGCCUUGCAGGAUAUAGUUGCAAAAAAGAAGGCUGCCACUGCUUCAAAAGCAACUGCCAAGGAGAAGAAGCCCCACGGCUGCAAACAAGCAAAACCAGCUGCACCCUCGACCUCCUAG